AUGGCUGCCAGGGUGGGCGAGGGGGCCCAGCUGGAGCUGGCCCGGGCGGAGGGCCCGGGGAGCCCGGAUCCCCCGCCACAGCCGAAGGCCAAGCCCACCAGGGCUCGCAGGGGGCGGCCGAAGGUGACCGGGCACCCUCGGCUGGUGGUGGCCCCGGGGGCUCAGCCGCCCCCCUGCCCCGUGGGGGCCCUGACCCUGGCGGCGUUGGCCGAGGAGAUCCAGAGCCACCGAGGGGGCCAGGCCGGGCCCAGCCAGCAGCGUGCGGUCCAGGGGGACAGGCAGACAGCAGAGCCGGCGUCGAGGCGGCCGGCUCUGGAGGGGAAUGGCGGGCAGCACGGAGCGGCCUCCGCAGAGACGGGUGAAGACACGGCUUCCAGGACCAGGAAAAAGCAGCAACAGCAGCAGCCGCAACAGCAGCCGCCCCAGGAAGAACCCCGGCGGGAGAGUCAGCCCUGUUCCCCAGCGCAGAGCACGCUCCAACCGCUGGCCUCAGCCUCCCCCUGCACCCCCGGGCCUGAGCAGUUUCCCCUGGCCUCCUGCUUCCUCACCGACCUAGCGGUCCACACCGUGGCCUGCCUGACCGACGCCGGCUUCUCGGGGACCCAGGCCACCGCCGCGUGUCUUUCCUCCACCCUGGAGGCCCACGGGACCAUCCUGAGGGACAAGGUGCAGGAGUUGGUCCAUGGGCUACACCUGCAGAUCCACAGGUUCUCGGAGGGCCGGGCCCGACGGGCGGCGCUGAGGGUUCUGUGCUCGCUGGCUGUGGAGCACGCCCAGGAUGUGGUGCACAGCCUCCUUAGCCACUCACUGCCCUGUGACAGCAGCGCGGUGGAACUGUGGAGAGGUCUGAGCCGCAACCAGAGGGUCAACAUGAUGGUACUGGUCCAGUUGCUGUGGAAACUCAAGGGGCACCCCCGACUCCCGGGAAGCAGCCCCGCAGGCUCCGAUGGGACCCUCCAGGAGCCGCUGGCCGCCACUCGGGCCCUGGGAGAAAUGCUGGCCGUGGCGGGCUGCGUGGGCGCCAUGAGGGGCUUCUACCCACAGAUGCUCAUCGCCCUGGUGACGCAGCUGCAUCAGCUGGCCCGGUGCCCCCCCGACAGCCUCAGUAAGGCCUGUGGGCACCCUCAGAGCAAGGGGGGCCACCCCCACGGCCAUGCCCACUGUGCCGUGGAGGCUCUGAAGGCCCUGCUGCGGGCGGACGGAGGCCGCAUGGUGGUGACCUGCAUGGAGCAGGCCGGCGGCUGGGAGCGACUCUCAGGGCCGGACACUCACCUGGAGGGCGUCCUGCUGCUGGCCAGUGCCAUGGUGGCCCACGCCGACCACCACCUGCGGGGUCUCUUUGCCGACCUACUUCCGCUCCUGCGCAGCCCCGAUGCCACGCGGCGCCUCACUGCCAUGGCCUUCUUCACUGGGUUGCUACAGAGUCGGCCGACCGUGCGCCUGCUGCGGGCAGGGGCCAUCCUGGAGCGGUUGGGCGCCUGGCAGGGAGAUCCGGAGCCCAGCGUGCGGUGGCUGGGACUGCUGGGGCUGGGACACAUGGCGCUGCACGCGGGGAAGGUGCGACACGUGGAGAUCCUGCUGCCAGCCCUCCUGGGGGCCCUUGGCGAGGCGGAUGGGCGGCUGGUGGGGGCUGCGCUGGGCUCCCUGCACCGCAUCCUGCUGCAGCCUUGCGGGCACUCCUGCACCAACUCCAUCUGCCUCGACGUCGGAGCCCGGCUCUGGCCCCUCCUGGACGACGUAAGCGGCGGGGCCCCGGACCCCGCUCCUCUGCCCCCCGGUCCUCCUGGACCUCCCCUCCUGGCCCACACUAGUCUCACCGUCCCCACCACCCAAGUUGCCAGCCCCGGGACAGAUCCGGGCCCAGCCCACCUCUCGGCUUCCUCCCAGGGCCGUGACCCCGUGCGCUGUUCGGCCAUCGGGCUGUUUGGGACCCUGGUGGGUCGGUCGCCCGUGCCGCAGUUCUGCGCCAUCAGGGACCUUGUGCUGGACAGUCUGGUGCCCCUGCUGCUCCACCUGCAAGACCAGAGUCCAGACGCAGCCGAGAGUGCGGAGUGGACCCUGGCCCGUUGUGACCGUUUCCUUCACUGGGGGCUGCUGGAAGAGAUCGUCACGAUGGCUCACUACGAUAGCCCCGAGGCUUUGAGCCGCACCUGCCAGUGUUUGGUGCAGUGGUACCCAGGCCGGGUCCCCGGCUUCCUGGACCAGGCCCGUGGCUACCUGAGAAGUCCGCAGGUGCCCAUCCGCCGGGCAGCGGGCAUGUUCAUAGGGUUUCUGGUCCAUCACACGGAUGCCGGCACUGUGAGAGAAGGCCUCAUGGACUCACUGCUGCACAGCCUCAGGGAGCUGGAGUGGGACCCGGAGGCCUCAGUGCGAAGCACCACCCAUGUCACCCAGCAUCAGCUGCGGCUCGCCAGCCAGGACUGGGCCGCUCGGCCCGGCCGCUUCUCGCCCCGCAGGCUCCUGCGCCCCAGGGGCCGGCCCGCCCGCCCGUGGCCCCUCUACGAGGAGGGUCCUUUCAAACGGAGGAGCCGGGCCGGCCUGUGGGGCUCCCACAUGGGCGCCUGA